CCCUCACCGGUCCCGGCUGUGGCGGCCCGUGAAGGUUCCAGAAGCGGCUCCAGUUCGGGCGGGCCCGGAACCGUUCGGGGGUCCCGGUUCGGGGCACCGGAGGCUCCCGGAGGGGCCCGGCUGUGUCCGGGGGUCCCGGUUCGGUUCCGGGUGGGCGGUACCGGCAGGGCCCGGGCGGUACCGGAGCCAUGAACGGCGGCGGGACCGGGCCGGGCCCGGUGUGGCUGGCGGUGAGCAGCUCCCUGAACGCUUUCCGCGCCUGCAAACGCUUCUCGCCAUCGCUCACCAUUGCCGAGCUGAAGUGCAAACUGGAGCUGGUGGUUGGCUCCCCGGCCUCGUGCAUGGAGCUGGAGCUGUUUGGAGCCGAGGACGAGCCCCUGGGGCCGCUGGACUGCGACGAGGCCCUGCUGGGAUCCUACCCCGUGGGGGACGGCUGCCGUGUGCACGUGACCGAUCGGAGCGGAGCCCGAGCCGGGGAAUUCGAGGACCUGAGCCAGGUGGAGAAAUACGAGAUGGCCGAGAGUGACUAUGACAAACGGACAGAGUCGGUGCGCUCGUUCCUGCGGCAGCGCUCCUGGGGCCGCUGGGACCGGGAGCGGGAGCGGGACCGGGAGCGGGAGCGGGAGCAGCGCCGGGCGCAGGAGGCGGCGGCCGCGGCGUCGCUGGCGCUCGGGGCUCGCUGCGAGGUUCGUGUCGCGGGCCGGCCGUGCCGCAGGGCCACCAUCGCCUUCGUGGGUGCGUGUUCCCCGUGCCCCGCCCCGCGCCCCGCCCCGCGCCCCGCCCCGCGCCCCGCCCCGUGCCCCGCCCCGUGCCGCGCCCUGCCCCGUGCCCCGCCCUGCGCCCCGCCCCGCGGCUCCCGCGCCCCGCCCCGCCCUGUGCCCCGCCCCGUGCCGCGCCCCGCCCCGUGCCCCGCCCCGCGGCUCCCGCGCCCCGCCCCUUGCCCUGGGGCUGGGCUCUUCUUCUUCUGGGGGACAAUGGGGUUUAAGGGGUUUGGUUUAUGGGGUUUGGUUUAUGGGGUUUGGUUUAAGGGGUUUGGUUUAUGGGGUUUGGUUUAA